CAGGCUGCCUCAGUUGCCCCACCAUCUUGCUAGGGCCCCGUAAGGACUCCUCCAGCAGCGCCCCUGUCACCCGCACAGCUCUCCCUAUUGCUCUUCUGAGUGACACUAGCCCGAAGCCCCACGGAGGGUCCAAGCCAGACCCUAUGGACAGGGCCGCUCCUCCAGCCUGUUUUGCCCACGCGAGCUCCUGCACCAGGGGCACCGUCCCCUCUGAGCUCAGCACUCUGCAGGCCCUGGGGCUCUGCCUAGAGCAGGUGCGGUCUGGCCAGUCCAGCGGAGAGAGGAGCUGAAGGAGGCCAGGCUGUUCAGGGCCAGCUGCGGGGCCAGAGCUGGUCACAGCGUGGCAGCGGAGGCCCUCGAAGCCCUGGUCCGCUGCCCCACGGUGACCAGCAAGCCCGAGGGCUCCACAGACAGAAGGCGAACCCAGGAGGGCAGGGAAGCCCCGGGUGAGGAAGCGGAGAACCCCCGGGCCUGCGCGCUGGAGUGCGGGAGGCCACCCUGUCUGGGCAGGUGCGGUCCUCAGGGCCGCCUGCGCCCCGCACUGGGCUGCCAGCCUGUCCUUCGCGCACUCCCACCGGACCCAUCCGUCCACCGGCGUUGGCCCUCUGACCCGCUCCGCCCGCCCCGCUCUUGCCCCUUAGGGUCACAGCACCCUCUCUGAGCUGCGGCACCGGGCAUGGGCGGAGCUGGAGGACUCGGGGACUUCCCAUGGGGCGGGGGGCGGGAGCAGGCACCGGUGGGCCCUGGAACCAGCUCUCCUGGGAUCCACCGCGCAGGUCCCCUCCCUCUCCCUCCAGCGUCCUGAGGCCUCCUAGUGUGAGGGAGGAGAACAGCCGGAUUCCCCUCCUGAAUUUGGAGGCGGGAGGCUUGACCAGGACCCAGGGUCAGCCUGGAGAGAACUGGGGGAGACGCGGGGGUCCUGACCCCCACGCAGUCCGCCGGCGAGGGCGACGCCGGGAGCGGACCGAGGGGCGGCCGGGAGGCUGGCCCCGCCCCGCAGACCCCGCGCGGGUCCCCAGACGGGGGGUGGCGCUGCGGGCGCGGGCGGGCGCCGCGCGCACUGCGGUCCCCGCGCCUCCGCCGCAGAGCGCGCCACGCUCCGCACGCACCUGCCGCCGCCGCCGCCGCGCCGAAACCCGCGCCCCGCGCCCGCGCCCGCGCCCCUCGGUGCCGCCCGGACCCUGCCAUCGCCUGAGGUCGCUGCGGCCGCCGCGGGAGCCGCCGGAGCCCCCCAAGCUUCCAGGCCGAGACGCGGGCGCCGCGUCCGGGCCUGCCUUUGAGACAACCUCUGCGGCGGCGGCGCGCGGCCGGGACGCAAGGCUGGGGCAGCUCAGGCCUGGCCCAGGCCUCGCUUCUGCUCCUGCCGCGGAGCCUGCCGCCCGGGUCCUCCUGCAGCCAGCGCUUCGGCUAGCUGCCUUCCCUGGGCGCCCUGUCCUGGAGCCAUGGGGCCCACCCAGCCCCUGCCUGCCCCGAUGUCCCGGCCCGCGGCCUGCUGACCUCGGCUACAGGGGGAGCCCCCCCCGCGCCCCCUCGCCAGCCUCAGCAGCCAGAGACCCUGGGUGAGACCCUGGGCCAGACCCCCAGCCCAGGGCAGCCUCCCACACCCCCCUGCCCCCGCCUGCCUCCCCCUCCCCCACCCCUUCCUCCUCCUCCCAGGACUGGACCAGAGAAGCCACUGUGGCCACUGGGGGGGGCCCUGCGCCCCCAACUCUCGCCGGCUGCCCCUAGUAGGAGUCCACGGGCUGGCCGGGGGCUCCCUCAGGCCUGGCGGGACCAGGAUGCUGCCCCGUCACCUGCCCCCCAGCCCCACACAACGCCCCCACCCACCCGAACAUCCAGUCUAACUGGAGACAGCCGGAUGCCCUCUGACCCCGGGCCCGAGGCGGGCAGUGGCUGGCCGGGCCUCCUCAUGUCCUGCCUGAAGGGCCCCCAUGUCAUCCUCAAGAUGGAGGCCAUGAAGAUUGUCCACCCUGAAAAGUUCCCUGAGCUACCGGCUGCCCCCUGCUUCCCGCCUGCUCCCCGGCCCACCCCAACUCUGGCACCCAAGCGUGCCUGGCCCUCAGACACAGAGAUCAUUGUCAACCAGGCAUGUGGGGGGGACAUGCCUGCCUUGGAAGGGGCACCCCAUACCCCGCCGCUGCCGCGGCGGCCCCGUAAGGGAAGCACAGAGCUGGGCUUUCCCCGCGUGGCCCCAGAGGAUGAGGUCAUUGUGAAUCAGUACGUGAUUCGGCCCGGCCCCUCGGCCUCGGCGGCUUCUUCGGCAGCGGCAGGCGAGCCCCUGGAGUGCCCCACCUGUGGGCACACCUACAACGUCACCCAGCGGCGGCCCCGUGUGCUGUCCUGCCUGCACUCUGUGUGUGAGCAGUGCCUGCAGAUUCUCUACGAGUCCUGCCCCAAGUACAAGUUCAUCUCCUGCCCCACCUGCCGCCGCGAGACUGUGCUCUUCACCGACUACGGCCUCGCCGCGCUGGCUGUCAACACAUCCAUCCUGAGCCGCCUGCCGCCCGAGGCACUGACAGCCCCAUCCGGGGGUCAGUGGGGGGCUGAGCCCGAGGGCAGCUGCUACCAGACCUUCCGGCAGUACUGUGGGGCCGCGUGCACCUGCCACGUGCGGAACCCACUGUCCGCCUGCUCCAUCAUGUAGUAGUGCCUGCCCGCCCGCCACUGCCCGCUGAGCCUCACUCGCCGCUUCUUCAGGGACCCAGCCCUGCCCUGCCGCCCGCUGACCCUUCCUUCCCCACCAUGGCUUCUGGCCCCACCCCGAGUGGCAUUGUCGCUGCAGCCAACUUUGCCAUUAAAACUCUUUGCCAAAGUUUGCACCUGU